AUGUUUGGCAAAAUAAAAGUAGUGCUGAUACUGCUCCUAGCUCAGGCAGUGUCUGGGAAAACCGAGCAGCCCCAGAUGACAUUCCUCACCAAUUUGAUCCAACGUAUCCACAAAGAAAAACCGAUUCAGACUUUAUUAAUGCUGCAGCACCAUCAGGACAAGGACUGCUCGAUUCAAGACUGGAAUCCCGAUGGUAUUCCCAUCCUACGAGUCAACGAGCUGAUAGAAAUAGACCUGAGGAUGCACUUCAAUCACAUGUCGGCGGCAUUGGUCUGCCUAGAGGAACCCUCCCACAUGAGUCUGCUCCUAGAUGCUCUGGCCAAGUCAUUCGAUCAUUUGCGGUAUGUGCGAAUCAUACUGUGGACCCAAGGGAAUCCAGCAGAGGAAUUCCUCAAACAGAUCUCCGACAAGGCCGAGGAGCAUAAAUUUCUUCGUAUGAUCGUUCUGGGACUUCAUCAAAGUGUGGAAACGAUGCAUCGAUUGAAACCAUUUCCAAGUCCCCGCUUUGAGAGGAUCGAGACUGUUUCGUUCAUAAAGGAAUCCGUUUUCGCCCGGCCUACACUCAACUUCCAAGGAAAAACGGCGACCCUGCUGAAAAACCUGAAUAUUCCCUUUACCAUCAAGAAUGCACCGACCGUCGAUUUUCCCAUCACCCAGAUCGAGGACAUGCAGAUCAUUGAGUUUGCACUGAAAUACAAUUUGACUCUGUCAAGGGCUCAGAAAAUGGACUCCAAUGUGCCUGAUCCGUACGUCGAUAUUGAGUUAAAUCCGCACUUUGUUUCAAAGAGCGACCUUCUCCAGCGAGUUGAAUCUGUGAAUGCCUUUACUUUAUCCUCGCUGAUGGUUGUAGUGCCCUGCGGUAAGGAGAGAAGCAUUGCAAAGGUCUAUCGUAAGCUGGACUUGAGGACUUGGCUCCUGUACAUCCUAUCCGUCUAUGCCACGUUCGUGGUGGCGGAGACCGUCAUUAUGGUCGCAACCCAUCGCAUCUCAGGCCGUUCCUAUCGUCUAACCAACCUGAAUCCCUGUGUGAAUAUGCGCGCCUUCAGGGCCAUCCUGGGACUCCCCUUUCCCAUUGGCCCCAGACUGACCGUCUCGCUCCGCCUGCUUUUCCUGGCCAUGAUCUUGUUCGGAAUGAUCUUCAGCACCUUCUUCAGCUGUAAGCUGAGCUCCCUGCUGACCAAGCUUCCACUGCAACCUCAGGUGGAGAGCUUCGAGCAAUUGCGGACGAGUGGUCUGACCGUAAUUGGCUUAUCCACCAUACAAUCCUUCAUCGAGAACGAGAUUGAUGAAGAGUUCACCAGGCGGUAUUUAUCUAAUGUGAAGUAUCUGGACCCUCUAAAGUACGCUGACGCACUGAUCGCAGGGAACACAAGUCUCGCCUUUAUAGUUGUUAGAGACUCCUGGAAAGGAUUCGAAAGGUUUCAGCAGAUAAUUGGAAGGAAGAUUUUCUGCGAGUCAAAAAACCUAUCCAUCAUACAGAACCUACCGAAGAUGUACAAAAUGCAGAAGGGUUCGAUAUAUAAGUGGCAUCUGACCAAAUUCUUUAUGACGUUCUUCGAGUCCGGAAUCCCCUCUUAUUGGAAAAGCACUUUUCAUUAUAAUAUCCGGGAACGUCUCAAUGUCACUAUUCCACGAAAUCUUAAGCCAGACUUCGUUCCUUUGUCGUUGCAUCACCUAAAAUGGCUGGGUUGGGUUCUUGGCUGUGGCUACGGCUUGGCCACUGUGGUCUUUCUUGUGGAAGUCUAUAUGGGAAAUCGGAAGAGAAAAGUGGAGAGCAAAGUACCUGCCCCUCCAGGAAGCUCGGAGAUCGACGCGGUCUAA